GAGCUGAGCUGAGCUGUGCGGGUGGGGUGGGGGUGGGGGGUGUGAUCACUGGUUGUCUUGUGAGUGAGGAGUUUGGCGGAGCCGCUGAGAAGCUUUUAUUGGCUCGGACUUUAGGAAAUGGUGUAACGCCAGACAUUGGGACAGGAACAGUGUAUCCGCCAAGUGCCCAGAGAGGAAGCGGGAGCUCAAUGAUAGGAUGCGGGCCGCUCAGAACCCAAAAAGCCACCAAUUUCGCUAAGUCCGGGACUCUCCCUUCUCUUUGCUGAAUUCCUGGAAUCGUGACUGUUUUUGUGCGAUGAGGAAGCAGCGCCGCACUGCCGCUCUCCUGCACACUCUGACUGUGCUCAUCGGGCUCUCUGGAGCGCACAGAAGCGAUCGAUGUGGGGACACCAUACACAUCACAAGCCCCGGGUACCUGAGCUCUCCCGGGUACCCCAACUCUUACUACCCCCGGGAGAGCUGCGCCUGGACCAUUCAAGCGCCUCAGCCCUACCAGAGGAUUAUGAUCAACUUCAACCCUCACUUUGAUCUGGAGGACAGAGACUGCAAGUAUGACUAUGUGGAGGUACGGGAUGGUGGGGAUGAGAAAGCAGCUCUUCUGGGCAAAUUCUGUGGGAAGAUUGCACCAUCUCCUCAGAUCUCCACCGGGCCACUGCUGUUUGUAAAAUUUGUGUCCGAUUAUGAAACACAUGGAGCUGGCUUCUCCAUCCGCUACGAAGUUUUCAAAACAGGGCCCGAAUGUUCCAGAAACUACACUUCACAAAGUGCAGAGAUUCGAUCUCCAGGAUUCCCUGAGAAGUACCCCAACAAUUUGGAAUGCACGUACAUGAUCGUUGCGCCCGUCAUGGCAGAGAUUCUCCUGGAGUUCGGAAGCUUUGACUUGGAACCGGACAGCAAUUUACGGGAGGGAAUGUUGUGUCGCUUUGACAGGCUGGAAAUUUGGGAUGGAUUUCCCGGAGUUGGUCUUCACAUCGGCCGCUUCUGUGGGCAGGUGGUUCCUGAGAACAUUCGGUCGCUGACAGGCAUUCUGUCUUUAACAUUGCAUACGGACACUGCCAUCGCCAGGGACGGCUUCUCGGCAAACUAUUCCAUUAUCCAGAAGAAUUUAUCGGAAAACACUCAUUGCAACGAAUCACUUGGUAUGGAAACAGGAGCAAUUCACUCGGAUCAGAUUUUGACUUCUAGCACUUACAAUUUAUACUGGGCCUCAGAAAGGGCAAGACUGAAUUACCCAGAAAAUGCCUGGACGCCAGCAGAGGAUUCCAGCAAGGAAUGGAUACAGGUGGACCUGGGGUUCCUCCGGCAGGUCUCUGCAAUAGCAACACAAGGUGCUGUCUCGAAAGAAACAAAGAAGCAGUAUUACAUCAAAUCAUACAAAGUGGAUAUCAGUUCUAACGGGGAAGACUGGAUAACAGUGAAGGAAAAGAAUAAACAAAAGAUAUUUCAAGGUAACAGCAAUCCCUCCGAAGCAGUUGUAAGACAGUUUCCUCAAACGGUUUUGACACGAUACGUCCGGGUCAGACCACUGACCUGGGAGACUGGUGUGGCACUGCGCUUUGAGCUGUAUGGUUGCAAAUUCACAGAUCGCCCCUGCUCUGGAAUGCUAGGAAUGGUAUCUGGCCUUAUCUCUGAUAAUCAGGUCACUGCUUCAUCCACUGUGGACCGUUACUGGGCCCCUGAACAUGCUCGGCUACUCACCAGUCGAUCGGGCUGGGCAUUGCAAUCAGCCAGUCGGCCUUAUAAUAACGAGUGGCUGCAGAUCGAUCUGGGAGUGGAGAAGGAGGUGCGAAGCCUUAUCAUUCAGGGGGCAAAGCAGAGGGAAAACAAGGUGUACAUGCGAAAGUUCAAGCUUGCCUACAGCACAAACGGAUCUGACUGGAAGAUGGUCUCAAAUCCUGGCAGCAUGAAACCAAAGACAUUCGAAGGAAAUAGCAAUUAUGAUACGCCUGAAAUUCGGAAAUUCGAGCCGAUGUUAACAAGAUACAUUCGUGUCUACCCUGAGCGAGCAUCGCCAGCUGGACUGGGACUGCGCAUGGAGCUGCUUGGCUGUGAUAUUGAAGUGCCGACGUUCCCGCCAACCUUAGACUCAGAUGAAUGCGAUGAGGAUCUUGGAAACUGCCACAGUGGAACAGGUGAUGGCUUCGAAUUUACAGAUGGCAAUACUGCUCUCGGAACCGAGGAGCCAACGCUGCCCGAAUCGCCAGCAUUCCCAGAUGCCAUCUUCCCCUACGAAGAUAACCUGAAUGGUUUCAACUGUAAGUUUGGAAGUGGCGUAGGGAAGAACUUCUGCAACUGGCGUCAUGACAAGGCCACCAAUUUUCUGUGGAAAGUGAAUUCGAGGGAAGGUGAAGCCGACAGUAGAGUACCCAAUUUAGAAAAAGACCAUUUUAUUUUCACUGAAAUAAUUGGCCAAGAGGACGGACAGGUUGCUCGGUUGCUCAGCCCUCCAUUGCUACCUGUUCAUCAUGGCCACUGCCUGGUCUUCUGGUAUCAGAUACGAGGAACUCAUGGGAGCCGUUUGAAUGUGAUCCAGAGGAAGAUAUCAGAUGGUUUCAUGAAUGAUGUACUUUGGAGCUUGAAUGGACCACAAGAGAACCGUUGGCAAGAAGGUCGAGUGUUGCUCCCUCAAUCUCCAAGCAUGUAUCAGGUGGGCUUCGAAGUAAUGGUUAGAAAGGGAAAACAGGGCGAAGUGGCUGUGCAUGAUGUGGAGGUCGUGAGCAACAGAAAUGCCAAUGAGUGCAUGGCUCCUAGGAAUGCUUUUCCAGGUCUGGUAGAUGGUCCCACAUCAGUCUUUCCCACUGUCGAUGACCCUGAGGAUCCCACUAAUGACUCCGUUGGUGGGAGCUCUGGGGGUCCUGGCAAUGUACUGAAGACCCUUGACCCCAUUCUCAUCACUAUUAUAGCCAUGAGCGCGCUGGGAGUCAUUCUGGGGGCCAUCUGCGGAGUGGUCCUGUACUGUGCCUGCUGGCACAGCGCACUGUCUGACAGAAAUCUUUCAGCUUUGGAGAACUACAACUUUGAACUCGUAGAUGGAGUGAAACUGAAAAAGGACAAACUUAGCACACAAAAUUCAUACUCCGAGGCCUGAGAGUACACUGCUUGGUGGGGGGUGGUGGGGGGGGAGGGCGAUGAGUGAGGAGUGUGGUGGAAAGGGAAGCUCUGGGGGAGGAAGGAACAUUAGGAUGACUUGAGGAAAAUCCCACCCAGAAAACUGUGGAUUUCAAUUUUUGUAGCGGUCAGUCUUGGGAAGGUCGGAGAAGAGCUUUGGGUAUUGCUGGUCUGUGACUGAGCCAAGCUUUUCGUAGGAGCAACUGUUAAAGAAAUCAAACAGGAUGCUAUGUAAAAAAAAGGAAUUAUGUACAGUCUGCUUUUUGAUUUUUAAAUUAAAGGUUUAAAUAAACAAAUGCUGGUAUUGAGACCAAGUGAGAUCAUUUUACAAGUAUUUAUCAUUUUCUGUAAAGAGUUAUAAAUUUGUAUCAUUCUAUUUGUAUAAUGACUAUUUCAGCUUCAUAAGAGUGUUUCGAAAGGGCUUAAAAUACCUAUGUUUUUUGUAUAUUGGUCCAGAUUUUAUACUUUGAGUAUACAGUGCUUUGAUUUUCUUUUUGCCCUCCUCUCCCCCAUCUCUGAGUUCCCCUAUCUGGAAAAGAAUAGCAUCAAGCCUCAAUGAACACUGAGGCAGUCAUGACCUUUAUGAUGAGGGAAAUGAUAGGAUCUGUUAACUGCUACACAGGACAGCUGUCUGGACACUGAUGAAAUUAACAUUGCAAUUGGCUUCAGGCCAGUGGCCUGAAUUAACAAUUGCUUGCACUGAAACAUACGCUACAAAGUUGGUUUUUAUCCCCCUCACGUGUUGUAAAAGCAGUGUUAAAGAGACAUUUUUCUUUUAUAGUAUUAUUUCUCUUUGUGUAAUAUCACUUUAAACGAGAAAAAAAAUGAAAAAAAUGUUUUUUGUUAUUGAAAAAAAUUAAAGAUAUCUAUAAUUAUAUGGUCAAUUUCUUUUCUUGUACGUUGUUUCAUGUUUUGUAUUCUGUAAGAGUUUUUUGAUUUUUUUCUAAACUUUUUAUGACAUUGAUGCUUGUGUAAAUUGUUGCUUUCAAAAUGGAAGAAAAAAAGCCUUAACUCAAAUGUUUGUAUUCUUGACACACAGAAAGCCUAGACAAUUCACACUGUUGUGUUAUAUCUUGUACUCGAAUCUAUGACUACUGCCUUCCAAAGAUUCAAUUAAAUUAAAUCUUUUCCUACAGUA